CAGCAGCUGAGACAGCACCAGGUCUGAGCCGCUGCAUCCCGCCCAGUCGGUCUCCGCCCGUCGGCUUCGACUUCGGGGCUCCAAAGGAUGGAGGAUUCCCAGGAGACAUCGCCGUCCUCCAACAACUCCUCUGAAGAGCUCAGCUCUGCCCUGCAGCUGUCCAAGGGCAUGUCCAUCUUCCUCGACAUACUGAGGAGAGCUGACAAAAAUGAUGAUGGAAAAUUGUCCUUUGAGGAAUUUAAAGCAUAUUUUGCAGAUGGAGUUCUCAGUGGAGAAGAACUACAUGAGCUCUUCCACACCAUUGACACACACAAUACCAACAAUCUUGACACAGAAGAACUGUGUGAAUAUUUUUCUCAGCACUUGGGUGAAUAUGAGAAUGUACUGGCUGCACUUGAAGACCUGAAUCUCUCCAUCCUGAAGGCAAUGGGCAAAACAAAGAAAGACUACCAAGAAGCCUCCAACUUGGAACAAUUUGUCACUCGAUUUCUGUUGAAGGAGACCUUAAAUCAGUUGCAGUCUCUCCAGAACUCUUUGGAAUGUGCCAUGGAAACUACUGAGGAGCAAACCCGUCAAGAAAGGCAAGGCCCAGCCAAACCGGAAGUCCUGUCUAUUCAGUGGCCUGGAAAGCGAUCCAGCCGCCGUGUGCAGAGACACAACAGCUUUUCCCCCAACAGCCCGCAGUUCAAUGUUAGCAGUCCAGCGUUGUUAGAAGAAGACAACCAGUGGAUGACCCAGAUAAACAGACUCCAGAAAUUAAUUGAUAGACUGGAAAAGAAGGAUCUGAAACUUGAGCCCUUGGAAGAAGAAGUUAUUGAAGAGAGCACUAAACCUCACAUCAUGCUCGUGCAGCGCCAGAUGUCCGUGACAGAAGAUGAUCUGGAAGAGUUCCAGCUUGCUCUGAAACACUACGUGGAGAGCGCCUCAGCCCAAAGUGGGUGCCUGCGCAUCUCUAUACAGAAGCUUUCAAACGAAUCUCGCUACAUGAUUUAUGAGUUCUGGGAGAACAGCAGUGUGUGGAAUCGAGUUCUGGGAGUCCAGAAUGAGUAUGAUGAGGGAUCCUUAGAAACAGAACAAGUGGGUGGAUCCUCAGAUCAAGAUGAGGAGUGGAGUUGA